UGACGGCUCGCAUUCGCAGAAAGCGUUGUUUUGCUUCAUCUUCAGCUAACUUUCAGCCAAGUAGACACCUCUUUCACACUCAAACUUCAAAAUGUCUUCAGACUUUGAAGCCUACGAACAGGACUUUGGAACCCUGACAGCAGAAAUAACAAACAAAAUUGGAAGGAUUCCCAAAUUAGGUGGAAAGGAGAAGACACAGCUGGUUCUAAAUGUCGACAAACAGCUUGAAGAAGUCAGAGAAUUGAUGGAGCAGAUGGAUCUGGAGGUGCGUGAGAUCCCCAUCCAGAGCAGAGGCAUAUACCAGAGCAGACUGAAGAGCUACAAGGGGGAGAUGGAGAAGCUGGAGAAAGACUUUAAAAGGUCACGUAUCGCCUACAGUGAUGACGUGCGGAACGAGCUCCUGGGGGAAGACGCUGGCUCCUCGGAGAGUCAGAGAGCACAUCUGUUGGACAACACAGAGAAGCUGGAAAGGUCAUCUCGGAGGCUGGAAGCUGGCUACCAGAUAGCAGUGGAAACCGAUGCACAAGCUGAAACGACAAAUGCUCAGGGAGAACCAAUGCUGAGAGGCAACAGCCGAGUCACGUUGGGAACACUGUCAGACCACAGACAACAAACAAUCUUAGAACUCAAACGUGUUGAGACCCCAGACGUGUGAGAAAUGCAGGACCUUCAAAAAGUAUUCACACCCCUCGACUUUUUCAAAAUGUUGUUGUAUUUACAGCCUGAAUUAAACAUGUAUUAAAUUGACAUUUUGUGUCACUGGUCUACACACUGUACUCCAUAAUGUCAAAGUGGAAUUAUGUUUUUAGAAAUUCAUCAAAAAUUAAAAGUGGAAAUGGCUUGAGUCAAACUCUUUCUUAUGGCAAACCUAAAUAAGUUCAGGAGUAAAAAUGUGCUUACAUAGCAUGAUUUUUGAAUGACGAUGUCAUCUCUGUACCCCACACAUGCAAUUAUCUGUAAGUUCCCUCGGUCUAGCAGUUCAUUUCAAACACAGAUUGAACCACAAAGACCAGGGAGGUUUUCCAAUGCCUCGCAAAGAAGUGUAGAUUGGUAACAAUAAUACAAAAUAAAAAUAUUCUAAAACAUGCAUCCUGUUUGCAUCAAAGCACUGAUGUAAAGCUGCAAAAAAUGUGGCAAAGAAAUUGACUUUAAGUCCUGAAUAAAAAGUGUUGUGUUUGGGGCAAAUAAAACACAUCACUGAGUACCACUCUUUAUAUUUAGUACCAUAUCUUUAUAUUUUCAAGCAUGAUGGUGGGUGCAUCAUGUUAUGGGUAUGCUUGUCAUCGGCAAGUACUCAGGAGUUCUUUAGAAUAAAAAUAAACUGAAUAGAUAAUCCUAGAGGAAAACCUGGUUCAGUCUGCUUUCCAACAGAUACUGGGGGACAUAUUCACCUUUCAGCAGGAAAAUUACCAAAACCACAAGGCCAAAUAUACACUGGAGUUUCUUACCAAGAAGACAUUAAAUGUUCCUAAGUGGCAGUUUUGAAUUAAAUCGUCUUGAAAAUCAAUGGCAAGACUUGAAAAUGGCUGUGUAGUGAUGGUCAAUAACCAACUUGACAGAGCUUGAAGAAUUGUUCAAGUAAUAAUAUGCAAAUAUUGUACAGUCCAGGUGUGCAAAGCUCUUAGAGACUUACUCAAAAAGAGUCACCUUUGGCAGAGCUGUAAUCCCUGCCAAAGGUGAUUCUAACAUGUGUUGACCUAGGGUUGUGAAUGCUGAUGUACAUGAGAGAUUUCUGUUUUUAAUUUUCAAUAAAUUAGCAAAAAUGUGUAAACCUUGUUUUAUAUAUCAUUAUAGGGUAUUGUGUGUCAAUUUUAAUAAUUUUUGAAUUCAGGCUGUAACACAAAAAAUUGUGGAUUAAGUCAAUGGGUGUGAAUACUUUCUGAAGGCACUGAGAACACAAACGUUGACUGGUGGUCAUUCCAAUGCUGUUUCAACAACCUGUACUGCAUAUUUACAUCGGUGGACAAUCACAGCACCACGAGAAGACAUGAAAUUCAGUGGUUUUGUAGUCAUUCUGUUUAAUGUUUUUCAUUGUAUUUUAGUGUUGACAAAAUUCACAAAAGAUUUUUGAAAGAUUUUAUUUUGUGCAAGUGCUCAAUUCACUUGUUUGGCCUAACAAAUGCCCCAUUCAGUUAUCUCACUUUCAAACUAAAAGAGAUAAUGAUACGAGUAUGUACCGGGCUUUUAUUCAUCGUUCUGAAGCAUAAACAUUUCUACAUUUUUAAGAUUGCUUAAAAUGGAUAAAGGAUAUGCUUUGAAAUGUUGAAUGUCGGGAUGGAUAUUGUUUUAAAAGGGUUAAACAAUAAUAAUCUGUGCGUUGUGUUUGUCCAAUUAAAAAUACUUACUCUGGUCAUAAAUACGCUGUUACACGAAACACAAACUCUUUUUAAGACGGAAAAUUAAAGCAUCCUUAAGUGAAGAACAGUUAGUGUAGCUAUUUUACAAUAAUUCUAAGUCACCCUCCAAAUCCACACAAUAUAUAAUUAUGCCCCAUAAGUACUGUAAUUGACCAAUGGGGAGAAAAAAAAUAUUUAAAGACAGUUUCUCUUUUCUUUCAAAGAGAGAGAGAUCCUGAACA